GAGGCAGUCUGUAUAUAUUUUAAGACUCAAGCAGGAAGUGCUGGUGGGAAAAGAGCCCUGCACAAUAACUAAUCAGUUCCUAAAGUUGCGAUUACCGUUUUGUGUCGAGUGGAUCUGUCAAAGAUUGACCAACCUAAAUCACGCUUUAAUGGGAGGUGAUUUGUAAGCUACAGCGCGGUGGACCCUUGUUUGUGCGUACAAAUACAUACUUUUUGGUCGGUACGGGAAUACGAGGAUGAUAUAGUAGCUAAACUAGCCAUAAUGUCCUGGACAGAAAUGCCCUGUGUUUUGCUUUUGGUAUCGCCGUUCUCUUAUCGUCCCCUUAUAUUGUGAUUCCGCCUGAGAACAAAACACAUUUACACGAAGCUGUCAAUGCCGGAUGCAUUUUGCUUUGUAAAUUAGCCAACGUUUUCAGACGGGGCGUUUUUGGUAGCUCGCUAGCUUAACGAUGGCGGACAGCAUUGGGGACGAGUCGGACGUUGGUGCCCUUGGUCUGAUACCAUCUCUUGCCAGCUCUUUUCCUGUGGGACACUCGACAAAUGGCGCAACAAACUCAAGCCCCAGCUUGUCUUACCCUCCCCACACUGUUGCAACGCAGAGUGGCAUCGCCGCAGUCAAUGCAACUCCUGGCACGUUUGGAAACCCAAACCCCGGAUCCCACCUUGUCGCCCUGUCUCCCAACGCUCACGCUACAUCACCUCUCCACGGCGUUGGGCUGGGGCUCGGUAGCGUUGCUGGGGUUGCUGGAGCUGGCCUCCUGACCCAAAUGCAUGCAACCUCUUGGGACCCGACCCUAAGUACCGACUGGGACAACGAAAAGGCGUCAGUGCAGUGCAUUCUGAGAAUCAAGAGGGAUAUCAUGUCAAUCUAUAAGGAACCCCCUCCGGGAAUGUUUGUUGUUCCUGAUCCUCAAGAUAUGACUAAGAUCCACGCUCUGAUCACCGGGCCGUUUGACACACCAUAUGAAGGCGGCUUCUUCCUCUUCCUGUUUCGAUGCCCUCCCGACUACCCCAUCCACCCACCUCGAGUCAAGCUCAUCACCACCGGCCACAACACGGUCCGGUUCAACCCCAACUUCUACCGAAAUGGCAAAGUCUGUCUCAGUAUCCUGGGGACAUGGACAGGCCCCGCUUGGAGCCCAGCCCAGAGUAUUUCGUCCGUCCUCAUCUCCAUUCAGUCUCUGAUGACGGAGAACCCCUACCACAACGAGCCUGGCUUUGAACAGGAGCGACACCCAGGAGACCGUAAGAACUACAACGAGUGUAUCCGACAUGAGAACAUGAGGGUGGCCGUCUGUGAUAUGCUAGAUGGAAAAAUACCUUGUCCAGAAGCUCUGUGGGGUGUGAUGGAGAAGUCUUUCCUGGAGUACUAUGACUUCUAUGAAGGAGUCUGCAAGGAGAGACUCCACCUACAGGGGCAAAACAUGCAGGACCCGUUCGGAGAGAAGCGCGGGCGGUUCGACUACCAGGGCCUGCUCACUCGCCUCGGCGCCACACACCUCAGGAUCCGCGAGAAGACCCCUGCGGAGGAUGAGCACAACGGGGACUCAGACUCAAACAGCAGCUCCUCCGAGACGGACCCCGACAGCCAGGGCAGCUCUCAGCCUUGACCGACCAGUGGAAAACAAAAUGUCCGCCAACGUUUUCGGGUACAUCAAAGAACGGGAGCCAUGGAAAUGCAAGAUCAGCUAAGCACACCAUCCGCGUGAUGUGAUGGCGCAAAGAGCAUGGUCUGUUAGAAAUUGACUAUUUGUGGAAAAUGGUAUCAGCUGCUAGCUAAUUGCUGUUAAAUUCUAUGUUCAUCUGGUAAGUUGUAAUUCUCUACCAGUAACGUUGAAGGGUACCCUCUCCCCUUUCGAUUUUGCAGGUACACUAUUGUAUUCUGGAAUAAAACUCUGUUCAAAAGGUGCAGGGUUGUUCAAUGAUAUCUCUAGUAGGCUUGGGUGGUAUUAGGUAUACCAGGGUAUUUAGAAGAAAUACCGUUAAAGAAAUUCAAACCCUUCUUUUUUCCGACAUCUUAUGAAUAUAUUUUUUAUUGAGUUGUGUAUUUUGGCAACAUGGAUAUAUAAUGAAAUAGUUAAAAAAUAAAGUCUUUGCAGUUGCGUAA